AUGACGAUCUUCAGCCUGUACAUAUACGACCGACACUGCAACUGCGUGUACUACCAGGACUGGCACCGCACCAAACGGCCCCGCAUCGCGGUCGAGGGCGGGCUGCUCCCCGCCGUGUCCGCCGCCGUCACCCCGCGGAACACGCUCUCGUCCGCCUCUGGCGUGCUGAUCGCCGUGAACGACGAUGCGCCGCGCACGCCGCUGCCCCCCGCGCGCUCGCAGUCGCCGACCCCGCAGCACCCGCAGCAGCUCGCCAGCGCGGCCCUGACGUUCGACGAGGAGGCGAAGCUGGUGUACGGCGUCGUGCUGUCGCUGCGCAACCUGGUCAAGAAGCUGUCUGGACGGGACGAGCAGUUCGUGAACUACAAGACGUCGACGUACAAGCUCCACUUCUACGAGACGCCCUCGGGCUACAAGUUCGUGAUGCUGAGCGACCCAAGCGUCGAUUCGUUACGAUUCGUUCUGCGCCAGAUAUAUUCGGGCCCGUUCGUAGAGUACGUCGUACGGAAUCCCUUGGCCCAAAUGGACUCGAGGGAGCGUGGCAUAGACAACGAGUACUUCCGCACCAGCACAGACAGAAUGGUUCGAGGUCUCACUGUAUUCGAAUGA